GCUGCCGCGACGCCUGCCCAGGCUGCGAAGAUUGCGAAAGCGCAAAAUGCGGCACUGGGUGGAAGUGGUGUCCGGCACUUGCUUACCGUGUGCAGCAUCUGCGGCAGUGGUGGUAAGGGAAUCUUGGGCCCGCGGUUUCGGUGCAUUCACUGCCCGAACUUUAGUGUUUGUCAAAAGUGUGAGCCAAAGCUGGCAUCGCAGCAUCCGGAAGGUCAUGUUUUCCAGAUCAUGUUCGAAGACGACCUGGACUGGGAGAGGGUUCAGACGCCCUUUCCGCGCGGAGUUCGGGCACGACUUCGCGGCAAUGCAGAGGUUGCGACGACCGGCGGUGCAACUGCAGGUCGCAAGCGGCGCCUCUCCAGUGAAGGAGUCCUGAGGGGCCAGAAGCGCGGCAAGUACCAACUCGAGCUCACAGAUGGUUCCGGAAUUCUCGAAGUCACCGUCCAUCAGAUCCAGCCGCUGCUGGCACUGAAGCAGGCCGAGCGCAUUGAAGCCUCGGGGGUUCUGGGCGAUGGGCCUUCGGCGUGA